CACUGUGGCUGAAACUCUCAUCUUCUUCAGCAUCAUCCGCGUGUGCGGUGGUGGGGAAUCUCACGGCCUCAAGCGCUAGAAGAUCAGCCACCUCCGGUUCUACUUCCAUGCAUGCAUGACAUCAUCUGGCAUGAGAACCCGAUCAGCCGAGAAGUCGAUGAUGCUAUUCAGCUUUUUCCACCUUCGUUUCUUCUCCACUAUGGCUAGAUCCCUCAUCCUUUUCACUAUAUUCCUCUCCACCAUCGCCGCAGACGCCGCGGCCUCCGGCGCCAGCGGGGAAUCCCACCGUUUUUCCAGAAACCUUUCUCCCAAAUCGAUUGGCCUCAAGCACGAGAAGCUCAGUCACCUCCACUUCUACUUCCACGACAUCGUCACCGACCCUAACCCCACCACCGUGAGGGUCGCUGAGGCCACCAUGAGCAACACGUUGGUGACGACGUUCGGCGACGUGUUUGUGAUGGACGAUCCUUUGACUGUGGGACCCGAACCCAGCUCCAAGCUGGUAGGAAGAGCUCAAGGAAUAUAUGCGUCGGCGUGGCAGGAGGAAGUGGGCUUGUUGAUGGUGAUGAAUUUUGCUUUCAUGGAGGGCAAGUAUAACGGCAGUACUCUCAGUGUUUUGGGACGAAACACCAUCUUCUCGGAGGUGCGGGAGAUGCCGAUCAUCGGCGGGAGUGGGCUUUUCCGAUUUGCACGUGGGUAUGUUGAGGCGAGGACUCACAGCUUCAACGUCAAAUCAGGAAAUGCAGUUGUGGAGUAUAAUGUUUAG